UCGGUCCCACUGCGCUGAACUGUAGCGGCCUAGCGGGUCGCAACUCGGUAGAAUCGGCGCCAUUCGCCGAGUUCGCUCCGGCGUUCGUGGUGCCUUCGUUCGCCGCCCUUCCCCUCGACUACGAGUUGUCGUUCUACUUGCCUAUUGAUCUCUCUUCGAUCUUUGGCGAAGGGGAUUACUAGCUUGUUGAAGUUUUAUUCACGUAUCUGCUUUACAAAAGACCAACCUUUUCAAGUUAUAUCAAAAUUUCAAGACAGUGGGAAAAAUCUCUUUAUCUCUUUUUACUUUAUUUCAUCCUUUCAUGGCAUCCCCUUAUGUUGUUGCCAAUUCCGGAUCCUCCUCUUCCAUCUUCCUUUCUGCCAGUACUUGCUCAUUGCCGCCUAAUCUCUCACCACCAAAAAUUGCAAAUUCUCAUCACCUUUCUCCAUCAUUUAUUGACCCACCAUUGUUUUCCUCAACAACUAUUCCAGUGGUAGGUUCAGUCACACAGGUUUCAAGCACCCGUGCUAUGAUUUAUAAUACUAAUAUCUCAUCCAGCAGUGAGAGAAGGUUGGAGGGGAAUGAUUCAGAGACUGAAAGGCUCAGGAGCUGUGAUGUUUAUAUUGGAUACUGUGACCGAAAAACACCUUCAUUAAAACGGUUUGUGAACUGGUUACGUGCAGAGAUGGUGAUGCAUGGCUUUUCAUUCUUCAUGUCAUACCUCACGAGGUGUUCAGAUGCUCGAUCCCAUGCCAUUGCAAGGACAGCAAUGGAGGAGGCCGCCCUUGGUGUUGUAAUUGUCACAAGGAAGUCUUUUUCUAGCCCUUGGAGCAUUGAGGAGCUCAAACUUUUAUUGGGAAGAAAAAAAUUGAUUCCAAUAUUUUUUGGAUUGAAGCAAAAAGAUUGCUUGUCCAGGGAUAUUAUUGAAAAGAAAGGAGAAAUUUGGGGUAAGUAUGGGGGUACACUCUGGAAGAAAUAUGAAGCGAUAGAGGAAGAAUGGAGUGUGGCGGUGGAUGGACUCUCACAAAUUGAUGUUAAGUUUGAAGUUACUACGAGUAAUAUGCGGGAUUGUGUUUUGGAUGCGAUCUCUUUUAUUGCGAAAAAAUUGGGAAGGGGUGAUGCUUUGGAGAAGUUGAUGAAGUGGAAGAAUAGGGUAGCAACAGAAGAAUUUCCAUUCACAAGAAAUCUUAAUUUCAUUGGAAGAAAGAAAGAGUUUCUUAAACUAAAACUUACGUUAUUUGGUGAUGAUCAGAUGGAAUGUGAUAAUGAUUUUAUUAAUAUGUUACCUCAAAAGAGCAGUAAGAGAAACAAUGAAUUACAUCAAAUGAAAAAUAAGGAGAAGAUGAAAGGGCAAAGGGUGUGGAAGGAGUCCAAGGAAGAGAUAGUAAUGGCAUAUGAGCAUGAUCCAGAGGAUUUUGACAGGUUUCCGCCAACAGAAGAAACAGCAAAACGUGAAAGGAAGUGUGGAGAUGGUGAUUUAGCUUUUGGUAAGGGCAUUGCUUGCAUCUCAGGUGAGUCAGGCACUGGCAAAACAGAGCUGCUUCUUGAAUUCGCUUAUAGAUAUUCCCAAAUGUACAAGAUGGUACUCUGGAUUAGUGGAGAAGAGAAGUAUGUUCGAAUAAAUUAUAUGAACUUGAUGAAUCUUUUGGGAGUUGAUGCCACCAUUGUUGAUAGAGAGUUUUACUCAGAUGGAGCCAAUCCAAAGCACUUUGAAGAAACAGAAGGUGAAGCUAUUCAAAAAGUCAGGAGAGAACUUAUGCGAGGAAUCCCUUAUCUACUAGUAAUAGACAAUUUAGAGAAUGAGAAAGAUUGGUGGGAUGGUAGAAAUAUAGUGGACCUACUUCCUCGCUUCGAUGGAGAGAGCCACGUUAUUAUCUCCACUCAGCUGCCUAUGGUAAUGAACAUUCAACCUUUAAAACUGUCUAACUUAUCUAGUGCUGAGUCAUUGUCCUUAAUGACUAGCAACUUAAAGGACUUAAAAUCUGUUGAUGAGGUUGCUCUUAAAAUUAUUGGGGAGAGAUUAUGCAGAUUACCUCUCGGCCUUGCACUUGUUGGGGGUAUUCUUUCUGAUUAUUCUAUUGAUCCACCGAAGCUUCUCGAACUCAUUAGUAGAAUGCGUCAGAGUCAGAGAGAAAUGCAACAGAGUGGUGAAAAAGAGGAUUUAUUUACGCAUAAUCCAUUUCUUCUUCAACUCCUUGACUUCCUAUUUUUCGUACUAAAUCAACAGAAAAAGCAUGGAAAGCUGGCUAAGAAAAUGACGCAGGUUUGUUGCUGGUUUGCUUCUUCUCCAAUUCCAAUAUCUUUGUUAGCUUUCGCAGCAGAGCUUCCCAAUGAGAGAACUCCUGCCUUCUUUUUGAAAAAUUGCUGCCAGAUGUUCAUGAGUGAGAAGAAGACUUUAGGCACUAAUUUGUUGAAAGCUGAAGCCGCAUCGAGUAUGCUCAUAGGAGUUAAUCUAGCAAGGCGCAGUUCAAGGAAGGGUUUUAUUUCCUUUCAUGAUAUAAUUAGGAUCUAUGCUUACAAAAGAGGAGGAGAUAAAUUUGCUUCUUCUAUGGUUAGAGCCAUUAGUACUCAAGGAUGUUUGCCCGUACAUUUGAAUCAUAUUUGGGCGGCGUGUUUCUUAAUAUUCAAAUUCAGCUCGAUGUCCACAGUUGCGAAUCUAUCCAUCCCUAUUCUUUUGCCAUUUAUCAGGCAGUUUGUUUUGCCAUUGGCUGAUCAUAGCUUUGCAUCGCUGUCCCAGUGUGAUCUCAUCGUAGACCUUUUGCAUCGUUCUACCAAACUACUUGAAUCCGUCGAGAAUCUCAUCCUUGCUGGUGCGAAUAGUGAAGAAGCCUUAUCAUAUUGCUUUGCCAGCGGUUCCAAGAAUUCAAUAUUAUAUCCUGACCCACUAGUUUAUCAAGAUGUUGCACGUUUGAGAGCAGCCCUUCUUGAGAGAAGGGCGAAAUUUAUGGUUCUAUGUGGGCAUUACGAGAUUGGAGAACAACUUUGUAGCACGGCACUAAAUAUUAAAGAAGUAAUUAAUGGCUUGAAACAUUCAUAAACAUUGUCUAUUCAUGAGACUGUGGAGAGACUAAUUAGUUUGCAGCCAAGAUUGUUUAUGCCAUGAUUGGUUAUUGACCUUAUAGGCUUGUCCUUGAUUUAAAGAAUAUGAGCUCAUGGGACAUUACUGAGGGCAUUUGAAAUUUUCAGGUUCAUGUUGCAAAUCAUGCACAACCAUGGGUUGUGCUGAAGGAAUGUUUCUACUUUGCGACAAACAUUUCAUGCAGCUGUUGCUUCAUUGCCAAUUACAUGUUGGGAUAUACGGCAAUCGGUUUUGCUUUUAUGUGCCGUUAUUUAUUGAAAGUAUGUCAGCGUGAAAUAUUAGUACUUCUAGAGAGUUCUGAAAGGUGUAUAUAUCUGGUGUUUCACUGAAUUUUCAAAUUUUUUAAGGAUUUCGAGAGAACUGGAUACUGCAGCAGGCACACAUUCUCAUUUAAAAUGGUACACUUCUCGGAUCACAGUGAAUAUGUCCAACAGUAAAAUUAUUAUUUUUCAAGUUCUCUUCAGUUUUGAUAAAUAUGGCUAAAAUGAUGGAGUCAAAAAUUGAUAAAUUUAAGGACUCAGAUUGAGAUCAUUGGUUCCAGAAUCGGCCAUUGUCAAGCCUCUAGUAAUUUGAAGCCAUUGAAUAGUUCAAGGUGGGAGAUGAUGAAGUACAAGUACUUGAUGGAGAUGAGGUUUUGAAAGAAUUUUUGUGACUACUUUUGUCCUCUAAUGUUGUGAUGAUUAAGAGUGCAUUUGGGGAUGUAGUGCGGUAGUGUUGCAGUGGCCUGUGGUGUCGCACAAAAGUUUUUUCUAGUGGCAAAACUGCGUUUUAUUUGUGUUCUCAAAAAAAUGCAGUUGAAAUCUUGGUUUCCCCGCUAGAAGUAGGUACCUGUUGUGGUUGUUAGAAAAUUACAAUCUUACUUUUUUUUUAAUUUAUUUACAAUAGCCACCAUUGCUUUUUGUUUUCAUUUAGCAUUUAGCAUUUUCACAAAUGCUUCUUAAAGCAAUUGUAGCUUCCUAA